GUCGGUGGGGGCGGAAGUCGUUAAGUGACGGACUCGGUCGGUGGGGCGCGGGGGAAGACAUUAAGUGAGGGGCAACGGGCCAUGGAGGCUCUGCUGGGCGAGCGGCGCCGCGACUGGCCGCAGGACACGGUCGGCUACCGGCUUUAUGAGGUUCCUCAGCCCGAGCCCGAGCCCGAUCCCGGGGCCCGGUUGGUGCGGCAGCUGGAGGGGGUCGUCAGCAGCCUGGCCCCGCUCUGCGCCGGCUACAUCUGGCACAGUGAGGCCUUCAGGCUGCAAUACUCGCCGGCCCACGGAGAUGUUCCUGCUCACAUUGGUGGUGUCACAAACUUUGGGGAUAAUGUGGAUGACGAAUGGUUGAUUGUCUACCUCAUUCAACAAAUCACGAAGGAGUUCCCAAACUUAGCAGCAAGUGUUGACGAUAAUGAUGGGGACUUCUUGUUAAUUGAAGCUGCUGAGCACCUGCCCAAAUGGUUGACCCCUGACACUAGUGAAAACCGGGUUUUUUUUUAUCGUGGAGAGUUGCAUAUCAUCCCAAUCCCUCAGAACCCAGGGGAACUCUCUUGGUUACCAGCUAGCAGUCCCACCAUCUCUCAAGCGCUCGGUCUACUCAACUCUCAUUCUGACAAAUGUCUGGCAGCAGAACCCAUUCGCAAAGCCAUAAGGAGACGCAUUCAGAGUUAUCCAGAGAAGAUUUAUGCUGAUCAACAUCGAGCUUACUGCUAUGUCCCAGCAGGUAUUGCUGCGGUGCUGAAACGUCGUCCUGAUCUGUUGGCACCUGCCGUCCAAGCUUUCUAUCUUCGUGAUCCUAUUGACCUGCGUGCUUGCCGUCCCUUUAAGUUCUUUCUCCCAGAGACCCGUGUGAUGACUCUGGUGACAUUUACAAAAUGCUUAUACGCCCAAUUACAGCAGCAGCAGUUCACACCGGACAGGCGGAGUGGUUAUACACUUCCUGCACGAUCCGACCAGCAUUUCAGAGCACAUGCACUGGGUAUGAAGCUGGCCCACGGCUUUGAAAUUCUCUGUUCGAAAUGUUCGCAGCACUUCCCUAGUUCCAAAACACACAGCAAUGUUUCCAGUGACCCACUCUGGAAAGGCUUUAUAAGCAGUCUAAAGAAGAACGACUAUUUCAGGGGAGAGCUGGAGGGUUCUGCACGCUACAAAGACUUACUUCAAACGGCAGAGAUUUACUUCCAACACUCUGUUUCCAGCCCCAGAAGUUCACCUGCCUUAAGCCCAGGGGAGCAGGUCCUGCAGCUUUUGCAAUCUCUGUCCUACAGUGUGGAAGAACUACAGAAAGAAGGGGACAGCCUCCCUCCAGAGGAUGAUGACAGCUGGUUGGAUAUUUCACCUGAACAGCUGGAUCAGAUGCUGGAGGAAGCUUCUGGAAGGAAACUGUUAAAUUCCACCAGACAGGAGGAGGAACUGGAUUAUGAUCUUGAUGAUGUCACAAAGAGUAUGAAGGCAUUUGUCUCAAAAAUGUCCUCUCACGAAGGUGCAGAGAUACCACGAUCUUCUGCUACCGGCCAAGUUGAAUUUGAUGUGAAUUCCUUCACUGGGGCUUUGGAAAGGAUCCUAGGGGUAGAAUCAGAUGAGUUGGACUCUGAUGAUCUUGAUGAGGAAGAAGAUUACAAUUUGUUGGACAGUGAUGCAGAGUCUGACUCAAAAGAGGUUAAAUCUGAGGAGGAUAUGUCAGCCACAGAGACUCUUGAGAAUAUCCGAGAGUACAUGAAGCAAAUGGAUCAGGAACUGGCAGGAACCCAAAUUGGCAAAAGCUUUACUAAAGUCACUGAUGAGGCUGGCUCAGACAGACUUGAUGUAUCUGAGGAAGCAGAGGGUGAAUCAGCAGAAGGGAACUUGAAUGUUCUGCCUGUGGAUGUGGACUUGAACCUGGUGGAGAACCUAUUGGAAUCAUACAGCUCACAAGCUGGCUUAGCUGGGCCUGCCUCUAACAUCUUACAGAGUAUGGGGAUCCGACUACCAGAUAACCAGGACAGGUGAAAGCUGCUGUGCUGCCCCUGCAACACAGCCAUUUUGGAGCCUGCUUUCUGAUUCUUUAUCGCUGCUGCAAUACUACCGUUUCAUAAUGGCUGACAGUCGAGCAGCCUUUAAGGCUUACAGAACAGUCAAGAUUUACCAAUGAACUGAAAAGCUCAAAUUCUUUGAAAUUGGAAACUAUGGAUUAAUGCUAGAAAGUAUGAGAGAAUGCGUGCCUUUAAAAAUAAAGUUUUGUAGAAACUAUUUUUGUAAUUGUAAAUAAAUACAAUGUCAACUUGGCAAAUGAUGAAA